UUGCCAAAUAAUGAUCAUGACUCGGAUAACGAUGAUCCAGUAGCUGAUGAGAAUGAUGAGGAUGAGAAUGAUGAGGAUGAGAAUGAUGAGGAUGAGAAUGAUGAGGAUGAGAAUGAUGAGGAUGAGAAUGAUGAAGAUGAUGAGCAUGGGGGGGACAACGAAGGAGAUGACGAGGGGAACAAUGAGAGAGCUAAGAAUGGCGACAACUACUAG